AUGGGUAAUAAUAUUGUGAGGUUUAAUAGUAAGAGUAUUGGCACAGUUGGUGCAAAUACUGAGACUCCUUCUACUAUCAGAUCAUCAAGUAGAAGUUGUGCUAAACUUAGUGAUCUCUCUGCUGAUUUUGAGCAUGUUCGAUCUGCUAGCAAGUGUCUUUGGAGGUGUUGGUGUGGUAAAGGUGUCAAGUCGAGUACAACCACUAUAGGGGAUACUAAUGCUAAAGGGGGUGGACAUGUUGAUUCAAGUAGCCAAACUGCUACUAUACAGGAGAGUAGUGCUCAAGGGGGUGGAGAAGAUGAUUCAAGUACCAAGGAUGCUACUGAUGAUGAGGGCUUUGAAAUGUCUAAUCCAGAUGAUGAAGAAUGGAAAGAGGGUUCUGAGGAUGAAAUUGAAACAUCUACAGAUAGUAGUGAUGGUGAGAGUGAUGGAGAUUCUGAACAUAGUAAAUCAGGGGAGGUAGAACGUAAGGAUGAGUUGUCUGAUUACAGAGGAAGGAUUAAAGGGGGUAAAUCAGGAGGGGCUGCUCUUGCUGAUUAUUCUAUUCAAGAGGGAUUUGAAUUUCUGAGACAAAAAAAUGAAAAGUCAAGGGUUACUGUAAUUUGUAAAGGUGAUGGGUGUAUGUGGAGGUGCCAUGCUUCACCUAUUGAUGAGGUGGACCCUUAUAUGAUUAAAACAUAUAUCUCAGAGCACACUUGUGUCAGAGUUAGCACAAAUAAUAAUGCAACAUCAACAUGGAUGGCCAAAAAACUUGAGGACAAAUUGAGGAGUGACCCAGAUUUGAAAAAAGAGACAAUGAAGCAGUUGUUGAAAGACAAAUGGCAACUUGAGCCUCACAAAAUGCAAUAUUAUAGGGCUCGGUUUCGUGCAAGGGAGUGGAUUGAAGGAUCACAUGUUGAGUCAUAUGCACUUUUGCCAAAGUAUGGAAAUAAGUUAUUAGAAAAAAAUGCAGGGAGCAAUUAUGUGAUAGAAUCUGAAUUGAGAACAGUGCUAUUGAAAGAAAUAAGAGUAUUCAAGCGCCUGCUUAUUUGCUUUGAAGCAUGCAAGAAGGGAUUCUUGAAUGGGUGUAGGCCAUUUAUAGGCCUAGAUGGCUGCCACCAUAAAGGACCAUAUGGUGGUGUGUUAUUGGCCGCAAUUUCAGUUGAUGGGAAUAAUGGAUUAUUCCCUGUUGCUUUUGGUGUUGUUGAAUCUAAAUGCAAGGAUAGCUGGAUCUUCUUCUUACAACACUUGCAUGAUUCAAUUUAUACAGAAAUGGAGUUGCCUAUCACAUUCAUGACUGAUAAACAAAAGGGACUCUCCCAAGCAAUAGCACAGAUAUUUCUAUAUGCCAAGCACAGGCAUUGUUCCAGACAUCUGUACAACAACUUUAAAGUGAAUUAUCCUGGUGCACUAUUAAAGAGCCAUUUUUGGGCUGCUGUCAGAGCCUACAAUCCCAUUCAGUUCCAGAGGUCAAUGAAUGGCAUGAAGUCUCUCAAUAAGGAAGCCCAUGACUGGUUGAUGAAAAAUCCAGUAUCAGCAUGGGCUAGACAUGCAUUUGGCCAUAGGAUUAAGAGUGACCAUGUCACUAACAAUAUGACAGAGUCUUUCAACCAAUGGAUAGGACAGUCAAGAAGCAAACCAAUCCUUACCUUGAUUGAUGAGAUAAGGUUGAGAUUGAUGGGUAGGUUACAUAAGAGAUAUGAAAUGGGUGUCUCAUUUGUGGGUAGGGUGACACCACAAAUGAAGAAGAGAUUGGACAUAGUACAAAGUGAGUCCAGAUUUUGUACAGUUUAUCUUGCAUCCACAAAUCAGUUUGAGGUACAAGAUGGGAGGUACAAGUUUGUAGUCAAUUUGGAGAAUAGUUAUUGUGAUUGUGGAGUGUGGGGUGCUACAGGACUACCUUGCAAACAUGGUGCAGCAUCAAUUAAUUUUAAGAGAAAAAAGAUAGAAGAUUACUGUGAUGUAUAUUUUACAAUAGAAACAUAUAUAGAAGCACAUCAGACCAUGAUACACCCAUUACCAGAUGUAAGCCUCCUAUUGGAUGAUGAUAAUGAUGGCAAUCUUGUCUUGCAGCCUCCACCAUUGAGGAGGUUACCUGGUAGACCACACAAGAGUAGAAGAAAGGAACCUGGUGAACAAUCCUCUCAAGAUAUUAGGAAGUCCAAAAAAAGUAUCAAAUGUGAUUUCUGUAAGGAAACAGGGCACAAUAGGAGGGGUUGUCAAAGAGCUCCAGUAGUUGAGAAGGGUUCUUCUUCUAGGAAGAGAUCAAGGUCCAAGGGAAAGCAGAAGAGUAAUAAACAAUAUUGUGAAACCAGCUCAUCUCAAAGGGUGACAAGGUCAAUGGCAUCUACUACAACCCCAGUUGUCACAGCGCAAGAGCAUAGAUUAGCAAAAAUAGCUACCAAGUUAGCCAAGAAGAAGGCAAGGAGGGUUGAGAAAGCUGCCCAUGGUCCUCAUGAACCUGGACCAUUCGACUUCCGAUCUUGA